GCUGACGAGGGACGAGCAGAGCGGCUCCCCUCCCUCCCCACACACUCCCCCGGAGCGCGCUCUCGGCGGACACUCCCGGGGCUCCCUCCGCUCCUCGCCCUGCCGGCGAGGCCUAGCUCAGCCCGGAGGGGGCCGAGGCACCGGGGCAGGGGCGGAGAAGGAGGCGGGGAGACCAGGAGGAGGAGGAAGCGCGGCCGGGCCGCGACUGGAGGCGGGAACAGGCCGACGGCGGGGGUGGGGCGGAGCGGCCGCCACCGGUUUGUUUUCUCGGCAGUAGACAUGGCAGACGAGACCCCCAAGAAGGGAAACUUUUCCGCCCUUGUCGGACACACCAAUGGCCUCACGAAACCUGCUUCCCUCGCAGCCGCCGCCGCCGUCACCACCAAACCCGGAGGCGGCAGCGGCUCCAAGAAAUUAGUGAUCAAAAAUUUCCGAGACAGACCUAAAUUGCCUGAUAAUUACACUCAGGAUACAUGGCACAAGCUUCACGAGGCAGUGAAAGCCAUACAGAGUAGUACCUCCAUUAAAUACAACCUCGAAGAGCUCUACCAGGCUGUUGAAAAUCUCUGUUCUCACAAAGUUUCCCCAACACUCUACAAACAGCUACGUCAGGUUUGUGAAGAUCAUGUUCAAGCACAAAUCCUUCAGUUUAGAGAAGACACACUAGAUAGUGUUUUAUUUUUAAAAAAGAUUAACACAUGCUGGCAGGAUCAUUGCAGACAAAUGAUCAUGAUUAGAAGUAUUUUCUUGUUUUUGGAUCGCACUUACAUACUUCAGAAUUCCAUGCUUCCUUCUAUAUGGGAUAUGGGAUUAGAACUAUUUAGAAACCAUAUAAUUAGUGAUAAAAUGGUUCAGAGUAAAACCAUUGAUGGUAUUCUUCUACUAAUUGAACGAGAGAGAAAUGGUGAAGCUGUGGACAGAAGUUUAUUGCGAAGUCUACUGAGUAUGCUCUCUGACCUUCAGGUAUAUAAAGAUUCAUUUGAACUGAAAUUUUUGGAAGAAACGAAUUGUUUAUAUGCUGCAGAAGGCCAAAGAUUAAUGCAAGAAAGAGAGGUUCCAGAAUAUCUUAACCAUGUAAGUAAACGUUUAGAAGAAGAAGGAGACCGAGUAAUCACGUAUUUAGACCACAGUACGCAGAAACCACUAAUUGCUUGUGUGGAAAAACAGCUAUUAGGAGAACAUUUAACAGCAAUUCUGCAGAAAGGGCUUGAUCACUUACUUGACGAGAACAGAGUACCUGAUCUCACACAGAUGUACCAGCUGUUCAGUCGGGUGAAAGGGGGUCAGCAGAUACUGCUGCAGCACUGGAGCGAAUACAUCAAGACUUUUGGAACAACAAUAGUUAUCAAUCCUGAAAAAGAUAAAGAUAUGGUACAAGACCUGCUAGAUUUUAAGGAUAAAGUGGACCACAUCAUAGAAGUGUGCUUUCAGAAAAAUGAAAAAUUUAUCAACUUGAUGAAGGAAUCCUUUGAAACGUUUAUCAACAAGCGACCAAAUAAGCCUGCAGAAUUGAUUGCAAAGCAUGUUGAUUCGAAGUUAAGAGCGGGCAAUAAAGAAGCAACAGACGAAGAACUAGAGAGAAUCCUUGACAAAAUUAUGAUAAUAUUCAGGUUUAUUCACGGUAAAGAUGUCUUUGAAGCAUUUUAUAAAAAAGAUUUGGCAAAGAGACUCCUUGUUGGGAAAAGUGCCUCAGUGGAUGCCGAAAAAUCUAUGUUGUCAAAACUGAAACACGAGUGUGGUGCUGCUUUUACCAGCAAGCUGGAAGGCAUGUUUAAGGACAUGGAACUUUCAAAGGACAUCAUGGUUCAUUUUAAGCAGUAUAUGCAGAAUCAGAGUGAUCCGGGCUCUAUAGAUCUGACAGUAAAUAUACUAACAAUGGGAUACUGGCCAACAUACACACCUAUGGAAGUACACUUAACUCCAGAAAUGAUUAAACUUCAGGAAGUAUUUAAGACGUUUUAUCUCGGAAAGCACAGUGGUCGAAAACUUCAGUGGCAAACUACUUUGGGGCAUGCUGUUUUAAAAGCAGAGUUUAGAGAAGGAAAGAAGGAGUUCCAAGUUUCCCUUUUCCAGACAUUAGUGCUUCUCAUGUUUAAUGAAGGGGAUGAAUUCAGUUUUGAAGAAAUAAAAAUGGCUACUGGUAUAGAGGAUAAUGAAUUACGAAGAACGUUACAGUCUUUGGCUUGUGGUAAAGCACGUGUACUGAUUAAAAGUCCGAAGGGAAAGGAUGUCGAAGAUGGAGACAAGUUCAUUUUUAAUGGAGAGUUCAAGCACAAGUUGUUUAGAAUAAAGAUCAAUCAAAUUCAGAUGAAAGAAACUGUUGAGGAACAAGUUAGCACCACGGAAAGAGUGUUUCAAGAUAGACAAUACCAGAUUGAUGCUGCUAUAGUAAGAAUAAUGAAGAUGAGAAAGACUCUUGGUCAUAAUCUUCUGGUUUCUGAACUGUAUAAUCAGCUGAAAUUUCCAGUAAAGCCUGGAGAUUUGAAAAAGAGAAUUGAAUCUCUUAUAGACAGAGACUAUAUGGAGAGAGAUAAAGACAAUCCCAAUCAGUACCACUACGUGGCAUAACGAAGUCAGCAGACUAUUUUCUUUUAGUAAAACACUAGAAUGUACCUUCAGAGCAAUGAAACACAUCUGUGCUGUUUCCCGGCCUUUCUGUGACUGAACCCGCUGUGGAUACUUGCGGAUUAGAAGGAAAGGAAAAGAUUCUGGGAUCAUCCUUCGAGAGGCUUAAGGACUUUCAAAUGGGAUAUGUUAUCUUUUUUCCCCUCCAGUUCUUCUUGUUCUUUUAGGCAUUUAAAAGAUUUCUGCUGCUCUGUGCAAAAUAAUUUUGAGAUUGAACAAGAAGAUAUUGGUUAAGAGAAGUUCCUUUGUAAGGUCUUACUCUUGUGUCAAAAGCUGAAAGUUUGGUUUUUUUGUGUGUGUGAUCAUGAAUGCACAAUUAAAAAGACCCUAAAUGCUGCAUUCUUUAGCUACAAAGACUACUUAGGUAUUCCUGAAGACAAGAUAUCUUAGUUGAUGAACACUUAGAUGGAAAACAGGAACCCUUCAUUGGUGAACAUUAGGAAGAAACAGCCAGUGCUAAAAAACGGCGGACCAGUUAUGCAACCUAAAUACUGGCAUCUAUUUGUUUCAUUUGUUUUCAGAUAAUUUUAAACUUUGAUGACUGAUUUUUUUAUAAAUCAGGUUUCCAGGUGAGAUCUCUGAUGUGCCAAGAGGACAUUGUUCGAUGUGUUUAAUAGAGACAUCAAUAUCUUUAUUUUACCUGAGUUAUUUGUGAAUUUUCUGUUUAAGGGUUUUGGGAGGUGAGUGUGUUUGUGUUUACCGUUCUAAGAUUGAGUCUAGCAGUGCCUGUUUUUUGCAUUAGGGUAACUGCUGUUUGAUUUUUUUUUUUUUAAUUGAAAUACUUGUAUUACUGCUAUAAUAAAGUUGGUUUUCUUUUUACAGUAUGCACAGGGACAGUAAUUGUUCUAUGUACUAUUACCACUGUAAAAGGUUUGGUAGGAGACUUUGAAGUCUUGAUAUUGUGAAGCAGAGGUUAUUUCGUCGAAAGAUUAAAAGGACGUUGUUGGUGUCUGGUUUCACGUUGAGUAUGUAUAAGUGAGGUUGAGCAGCAAAGCGAAAGUUCAGUAGUGGUGUUACUGUGGUAACUAUGAAAAAGAUGCUUUUGUGAUAACAUUUAAAAGUACUUCUUUAUAUUUUACAAAAUAGCAUGUUUCAUUUUGAUUAAAAACUACCAAAGGAAUUUUGAUCAUGGUAUAAGUGUUUAAAGCAAUAUUUUCUGGAAUAUACCAAGUUUAUAUAAUUUGAUUUUGUGUAAAUUUAUGAAAAGAUUCUCCCUUUUUGAAACAUGCGUGUUUAAAAUAUGACAUCUUAAGGGUUUCCAUAUUAAAAUCUUCACUCUUUAAGUAUCAUUAUUUCUAUAUUUGUAAAUUUUCAUUUAAGUUCUAUAAUAUGUGGUCCAUAAAAGACUGAAUAGAUUUCUACUUAUAUUUUAAGUUCAUUGUGUCUAGAGAUUGUUAAUAUUGUAAUUUAAUGUAGACUUACUUUGAAUAAAAUUAGUUUAAUUAGCCUUAAGAUGACAUUAAUAAAAUUUUGUGGUAUGCGAAGUACACAUUCCUUGUAACUCUUUAGUGACUUUAAUUCAUUACUAAUAUACCAGGUAAAGAGAAACCAGAAGUGGGGAAAUAUCCAUCGCCCUUUCAUGCGAUUAUUUCUUCUUGUUCACCUCUACUGUAAACUACCAGUUAGGGAGAAAACUGAUCUUUUAGACCUUACGAUGAUUAAGGGGAGUGUAUUUUAACAUUUAUUCUACUUGUUUUUAAUCUGUGCUCUUAUUUAUCAGUAUCAUUUAAUGUUUUGUUAUAGUUAAAGGUUAUAGUAUAGAGAAAAUAAUUGAAAAGCAAAAGGCAUUUAGACAAGAAAAAGAAGCUAUAAAAUUGCAAGGGAGGAGAAAUUAUUUGUAGAUUACAUGAUUUUAUACCUGGAAAAUUUAAGAGAAGCAAAUCAAAAGCUUGACUAGAAAAAAAAAAUCAACCAAGUUAAUUACAUACCAAAUUAACAGAGAAGUCAGUAAGUAGCCUUCCUGUAUGUAAACAACCUGUUAAAAUAUAAUGGAAGAUCCUUUUUUCAAUAGCAACAAAAAAAGAUAAAAUACCCAGUAACAAAAAAAUAUAUCAGAAGAAUUUUAAAAUUAAGAAUACAAAGAAGACCUGAAUAAAUGGAAGGUACACACUAUUCUUACAUGUAUCUACAUAAUAUCAUAAGAUGUCAAACCUCCCUUGCUUUAUAAAUUUAAUGUAAUGCCCGUUAAAUACAAAUAAGCUGAUUCUGAGGUUCAAAGUGAAAAGCAAAUGUGG